AUGCCCCAUGAUCCAGACACGAACCCUGAUUGUUCUUGGUGGUGGGACAACGACGGGAGCAUCAGUUGUGAAGACAUGCCCCGCGAAUGGGGCAUAAGUCGCGAGGACUUUUUGGCUUGGAAUCCUUCCAUCCGUACGGACUGCAGUAACUUUAUUGCUGGUCGCUCAUACUGUGUCGAAGCACCAUCUUCUCCUCCACCGGGCAACCCGACCGUUACAUCCCAAGAUCCAGGAACAACAACAGCCCCGGACAACGGUGUCGAGACACCACAACCCACGCAGCCGGGCAUGAUUGGCACUUGUGACCGAUUCUACCUUGUGCAAAAGGGCGACUCAUGUUCUAUCAUUGCAACUAACAACGGGAUUCCGCUUCAAAGUUUCGUCAGCUGGAACCCCUCCGUUAUGUCUGACUGCAGUGGACUCUGGGCCGAAGUUUACGUCUGCAUUCGCGUCCUCGGAUACCAGUCUACUACCGUCAAGCCCUCGUCCACAACAUCUGCUGGCAACGGCAUCGCUACCCCGCAACCCACGCAGCCAAACAUGGUAAAAAACUGUAACAAGUUCUAUUUGGUCGAACAAGGUGACAACUGCGCCGCAAUUGCCUCAUCAAAUGGCAUUUCACAGGCGCAGUUCAUCCCCUGGAACCCAUCUGUUCAGUCAGACUGCUCUGGGCUCUGGGCAAACGUCUACGCAUGUGUUCAGGUGGUUGGAAAUCCCACGAGUUCAAGCACAAGACCUUCUACUACCCAAGACAACGGCAUCGCAACCCCGUUGCCAACUCAGCCUGGCAUAGUGAAAAAUUGCGACGGAUUCCAUCUAGUGUCCUCUGGUGAAAGUUGCGCCUCCAUUGGGGCCAAAUACGGGGUUAUCGCCGCGCGAGUCCAACAGUGGAACGGUUUGACCAGCGCGUGUGCCGGGUUAUGGGCCAAUGCUUACGUCUGCGUGCGGACGAUUGGUUACAAACCUACAAACAACCUCCAAUGCGCGUCUACUGGCAAGACUUGGGGUGGCAAUCAGCCUGCCGCUCUAUCCAGCGUCGGGAAAUGGUGUAACGGUGAUUCGAGUACGGAUAGUAGCGGCGCUUACACGCUGGCGCAGACAAAGACUGGCUGCUAUAAUGCUCCCAAUGGCUCGAACAAGAUUCUGUUCACGGCUCGCAAUGACUUUGGAGCGGCCGCCACGCUCCCCGUGGCCCGAUGCGAGGAGAUUAUGCGGGCGCAGAUCAACGGCUGCACAAUGGGGGGUUCUGGUACCUCAGAAGGCUGGUGGUUUAGGUGA